GUCGUCGUGUACCCGCCGUACAUCGACGCCGCGCGGUCGGUGGCGAAGGGACGGCGCAUCGCGCGCGAGGACGCGGUCGAGCACCCGCACGCGCUCGAGGUGGCGGACGCGUGCGAGCGCGCGCUCGGGAUGCGGUGCGAGCUGGAGGAUAAGGCGUACUCGAGAGAUUUUUGGUGCCGCGGACGCGUGCGCGUGGAGUGGAAGCGAGACGACGGGAGCUUCGUGAGGGAGGAACUGAACACGCGAGGGAAGCUGCUGCGGGCGAUCGCGGCGGCGGUCAAGGCGCACCCGGAGCGAGGAGAAAACGGGAAGCCG